UAAGAAGAUGGGCGCGCCCUGAAGUUGCACAGUGUUCCAGUGACACAGCUCAAGAUGUGUUCCAAACUCAAUCUUUUCUUGGCGCUAGUGGCCCUAGUCGCUGCUGUAUAUGCUGCCGAUGCGCCCGCAUCGCCUUCUCCAACUGCUGCAGCUUCUCCGCCUCCUGCAGCUUCUCCGCCUGCUGCAGCUUCUUCAACUCCUGCAGCUUCUCCGCCUCCUGCAGCUUCUUCAACUCCUGCAGCUUCUCCAACUCCUGCAGCUUCUCCGACUCCUGCAGCUUCUCCGACUUCACCAUCUCCUGCAACCCCUGCCGCUUCUCCCGCAUCCCCGACGUCACCAACCUCGGCGGAUGCCACCACUACAGCCACUGCGACAAAAAGGAUUCGCAGGCGCAGGCGCAGGACGCUCCGGAACCGCAGGAUCGCGAGGGGCAACAGAGGAAUCAACCGCCGCGGAUCUGGUGGACGCAGAGUGGGUGGACGCAGAGUGGGUGGACGCAGAGUGGGUGGACGCAGAGUGGGUGGACGCAGACUGGGUGGACGCCGUCAAGGCGAAGGGGAAGUCGUGAUCGUUGAGCCUGGAUUGGUACCCAUCCUUUAAGAUCUGUUCAGAAAGAAACUAUUAAACUGAAAUCAAAAUAUCAA